UAAUAUAGUCAGUCUUUAGCCUCCAGUGCCUCAUCACCACCUCCCUGUAACUACACAAGGCUCGCGAAAAUGGCCGAGGAUGGCGAGGUUUCUGCUCUGGUGUGCGACAACGGUUCGGGCAUGGUGAAGGCGGGCUUUGCUGGUGAUGAUGCUCCUCGCGCGGUGUUUCCCAGCAUUGUAGGCCGGCCCCGCCACACCGGCGUGAUGGUCGGGAUGGGGCAGAAGGAUUCAUAUGUGGGUGACGAGGCUCAAUCCAAGCGCGGUAUCCUAACGCUGCGCUACCCGAUUGAGCACGGUAUUGUUACCAACUGGGACGAUAUGGAGAAGAUCUGGCACCACACCUUCUUCAAUGAGCUGCGCGUAGCUCCGGAGGAGCACCCCGUUCUGCUUACAGAGGCACCCCUGAACCCGAAGGCGAACAGGGAGAAGAUGACGCAGAUCAUGUUCGAGAUGUUCAACGUACCAGCCAUGUACGUGGCCAUCCAGGCCGUGCUGUCCCUGUACGCCAGUGGCCGCACCACCGGUAUCGUGCUGGACUCUGGUGAUGGUGUCACCCACACUGUGCCCAUCUACGAGGGCUAUGCGCUGCCCCACGCCAUCCUGAGGCUGGACCUGGCUGGCCGCGACCUGACGGACUACCUCAUGAAGAUCCUGACGGAGCGUGGCUACUCGUUCACCACCACGGCCGAGCGCGAAAUCGUGCGUGACAUGAAGGAGAAGCUUUGCUACGUUGCGUUGGAUUUCGAGCAGGAGAUGGCCACCGCGCAGUCCAGCUCAGCGCUCGAGAAGACGUACGAGCUGCCCGAUGGCCAGAUGAUCACCAUUGGCAACGAGCGGUUCCGCUGCCCCGAGGUGCUCUUCAACCCCAACCUGGUGGGCAUGGAGGCCGUUGGCGUGCACGACACCACCUUCAACAGCAUCAUGAAGUGCGACGUCGACAUCCGCAAGGACCUCUACAACAACAUUGUGCUCUCGGGAGGCACGACCAUGUUCCCAGGCAUUGCGGACCGCAUGAGCAAGGAGAUCACGGCGCUUGCGCCCUCGGCGAUGAAGAUCAAGGUGGUUGCCCCGCCCGAGCGCAAGUACUCGGUCUGGAUCGGUGGCUCCAUCCUGGCCUCGCUGUCCACCUUCCAGCAAAUGUGGAUCGCCAAGAGCGAGUACGACGAGAGCGGCCCCUCGAUUGUGCACCGGAAGUGCUUCUAAGCUGCUGGAUGGCGAGCUCUGCAGGAAGGCACGCUUUUCACCUGCUGCUGGAUGUGUCUUGGGGCGUAGACGAGGGCGCGCUUUUGCGCGAAGGCAGGCGGCACGCGUUCGUGUUCAUUUGCUUACAAAGUAGGAUUAGCUUGAAAUGAUACGUGGGCAUGCACGUGAUGAAGGGCUCGACAUGAACAAACGGCGGGGACGACGUCCUCCCCCCUGGACGUGUUGCCCUGAUGUUUUCUUUAUGCCCGUUGGGCUGGGGGCUAGUUGGGAGCCGGGUAAUGUUGCCCGUGUGUUUGGGUUGGGGAGCAGGGUAGACAUACACUUGACUGUGCACAGGAUACGCAGCUUGCACUUCUGCGUGGGGGUAGUUGGUUGCGCUGCAGCCGCGUGUUUAUGUCGUUGCUUGGGUUUGGGAAAUUGAGCGUAGCAACCGGACAAGUGUUCCGGCCCAUCGCUUCAUGCAGCUCGACGAAACUUGAUGAGUGAGGCUAGAUACGGCAAUACGUCUAUAAGCAUGCUUGGAGCGCAGGCAUAUGCGACUAGCAUAUCGUGUAAGCUUAACAAUCUCGUAAAUCUAUCUGGUACCCGCUGUACUUAAUAUGCACACCGUCCUAACGAACGCUUUUGUUAGAGGUAUCUAUCUAUAGAGGGGAGGUAACCGAAAAAGGCAAAAUGCCAUAACUAAGCUUUAUCCACGUUGCAACGUCAGAGGCUGGUGUUCAGGACAAGGGCUUGCAGACAUGUUGGCUCGAAUACGUGGGUUGGGCCAGGCUCCCAGACAACGGACACAAAUCAUUUCUCCUGGAAACAAAUACGUCCGCAGUGUCAGGAGAUGCCGCCUUACCACACCGUCCCCGUCGGUUGUCUCGGCUUUCCGACACGCCGACGGCAAGCCGCCCACCUUGAAGGAGUUUUUCGAUGAAGCAAUAUCGGAUGUAAUGUUGGCGGUGGAGGAUGGCGUGUCUCGCCUGCAGGUGGCCUCCUUCAAGGGAAUCGAGCUGCGCUUCCUGCUGCAGAUAGCCCAAGUGGCUGCCAGUCUGGCGUUCGUGGGGCUCUACAUCUGGAGCACCUACGAGCCAGUGACCCGUGGGUCGUGGCGCCACACGGCGGACCUGGUGCUCAGUGCGGCGUUCGCGGCCGACCUGAUGGCACGGUUACGGGCUGCGGGCGACUGCUGGCCCCGCGUGCUGUUCACCCCGCUGGCCUCCCUGGACGCGCUGUCCUUCCUGCCGGGCGCCCUGGAGCUGUGCGGGGCCAGCUGGCUGGGCGAGGGGCUGGCGGGGGUGGGAGUGGACCUGCGCUGGUUCCGCAUCUUCCGCGCGCUGCGGCUGCUGCGGCUGUGCCUGCUGAUGGGCAACAUGCCGCUCAUGAAGCUCAGCCGCUCCGCGCUGCUCAGCGGGGCAGUCAACGUGAGGCUGAUGCAGCUCGUCGCUAGCGUGCUGGCCCUGCUGUUCACCGCCGCCUCCCUGGUGCAUGCGGUGGAGCGGCUGCCCUGGCACGACGCGCUGUACUUCGUAACAACCACCCUAACCACCGUGGGGUACGGAGACGUGGUCGUACACACCACGGCGGGUCGCCUCAUCGUGCUGGUGUUCAUGGCGGUGGGUGUGGUGCUCAUCCCGGUGCGUGCGGGGCAGCUUUGGACGCAGCUCGCCUCCAGGCGGCUCACGGUGGGCACGUUGAGUCCCGGCCGACCCGUGGUUCUGUUGAGCACCAAGUUGUCGGAGGUGCGCGGCUUCGCGGACCUCAGCGAGGAGUUCUUCCACCAGGUCCGCCACCAGCGCUUCAUCCCCCGCGAUGUGCACCUCACGGUGCUGGGCAGCAAACCCUCCUACGAGUUCCUGGCGUUCCAGGAGCUGCACGACCAGCGCAUCACGCUGGUGGAGGGGACGGUGCUGAGUGCGGGGGACCUGGUGCGGUGCCGCGCGGAGGAGGCGGCGGCGAUACUGGUGCUGGGGGACAGGUUCGCCCACGACGCCGCCUCUGAGGACCUGGAUGUGCUGUUCCGCGUGUGGGCCGUCAAGAGCUACACCAAGUGCGUGCCGCUCACAGUGCAGGUCCUGCGCGCCUCCGCGCUGGCCAAGGUGUCCCCCUUCCUGGACCCGCACCAGGACGUCAUCAUGAGUGUGGAGCUCAUGCGGCACCGGCUGCUGGCGCUGUCGGCGCUGUGCCCCGGGGCCUCCACGCUGCUGGGCAACCUGCUGCACACCUCGGGACUGGGGCGGGCGCUGCAGGACAGUGUGUUUCGCACCCCGGGCUGCCCCCCUCCUCGUCUGGCGGGUCGCACCUGGUUCGCCGAAUACGUCCGGGGCUGCGGUCAAGAUCUGUACUUCAUUUCCGUACGACCGUCCACCGUGGACCCAGCCGUACAAACAGCCGUGGAGGCGGCGCGUGGGGGCAGCUGGGAGGGCGGCAUGAACCGCGCCCGGCUUGCGGGCAGCUCCUUUGGUGCAGUGGUGCGUGCUGCGUUCCUGCAGCAGCACGUGCUGGUCAUCGGGCUGCUGACGGCGGAUGGUUUCGGCCGCGUGGUCCUCAACCCGCCGCACCACCGCCGUCUAGCGGCCUCCGAUCAGCUCAUCGUCAUCGCGCACAGUGAGACGCAUGCGGAGUCCAUUGUGCGGGAUCCGGACGUGGCGGCGGAGGCGGCAGCGGCAGACGCCAGGGCGGCAAGGGCGGCGGCAGCAGCAGCUGCUGCCGCGGCGGCGGCCGCUGCGCCCUUGCCGGAUUUUACGGCGGUGGACGAUACGGCCUCUGCCGCUGCCGCGGCGGCGGCGGCAGCGGCGCGUGAGGCUGACGCCGUCAUUGGCGGCGGCUCCACCGUGGCAUGCAUGGACGGCGGCAGCUGCAGUGACGCAGAGGCUCAGGUGCUAGCAGGCAGCGGCGGGGCGGCGGCAGUCACCGGCGGGACGUUCGGCUACGCCGCCGCGGCCGCCCCGCCACCAGCGCCGCUGGCGGCAGUGGCGGCGGUGGCGGCGGCGGCGCCACCUCCGUCGUACCCUAUGUCCGAGAGCGCCGUGUGCCCGCGCGUGAAGCACUACCUACCGGCCCUCGCCUCCUGGGAUGAAGAUCUGCUGCCGGACUGCAACUCCGACCCAGAUGUCACCCACACCACCACGGAUUGGUACCGAGGUACGACAUCCUCCGGGGAUGAGGACGACGAGGAGGAGGAGGAGGAGGAGGUUGGCGGCGGCGGCGGUCGCAGUACGAGCAGCGCUGUCGUACGGCAUUGGCACUGGGGAGGCGACGAGGCGCAGGCGGAGUGGGAAGCGGCGGAGGCGGAGGAAGCGGCCGUGGAGGCAGCUGAAGCGGAGGCUGCCGCCGCCGCCACCGCUCCUCCGGCGGUGACAACUAGCAGUUGGGAUGGCGGCAUUGAGGGUGACAGGGAGAGCAGCAGUAGGGGCAGUUUGACUGGCAAUUUGACCGCCGGGGGCAUUGCUGGAGGAAGUUUGACGGACAGCUACAGCAGUUUUACGUCCCUUAGUUCCUUGGACGUACCUGUGGAAGGAGCAGUUGUUGCCAGCUCCCUUUCGUCUCCUCCUGCCACCAUGCCGGCAAUCAUUGCCGGCAUUCCUCCGCCUGCUGCGGCCGCCGUCACAGCUGCCGCGACCGCUAUCGCCUCUUCUCCCGUACGGUUUGAGGCUGAUAUUGGUGCCGUACAUACCCCGUCAUCUCUGACGGGUGUGAGUACGACAGGCUCACGUAUACUGUACGGCGGCGUUGUCAGCAGCAGCGUCAGCAGCAAUAGCGGUACGACAACGACUAGCUCUCCAAUGAGUUCCGUAACCAACGGUCACAACGGUGGCGGCCACAACAGCAGCAACGGUAUUCACUCUCGAGUUGCUAGCAGCACAACGAACUCUAGCAACAGCAGCAGCCACCAUCAAGCCAAUGGAGGCAAUGCCAGCGGCAGUGGUGGGAAUGCUAACGGCAUGAGCUCGAGUAGCAGUUAUAGUAACAACAACAACGGUGGUAGCAACGGCAACCGGGCUUUUACUAGCACCGUUAGCAACAGCAGUAGCAGCAACAACAAUGGGGUGAAGAAGGCGGCAGGCGGCGCCAGUCCGGCUUACGUCAGCGCCGCCACAGCAGCUGCCGUACAGGCAGUCGGCCACAGCCCCCCUGCACCCACGGGUCGGCCGUACGCCCUCGCGGACGCCCCCUGGCGGCAGCUCAAGGGGCCCUACGGCGGGCGGCGGGGCCACAUCAUACUGGCGGGCGCCAUCGAGAGCUUCGUGGAGUUCGCGCGGGUGCUGCACAGCUGCGCGGGCAUGAAGGACCCCGACAGCGGCAUCAGCAGUCUAGAGCUGGUGGUGCUGCACCCCAACCCGCCCGAGGCCACCGUGCUGUCGCUGGGCUCCAUGGGGCCGGUGCGGGUGGUGCGAGGCAGCCCCGCGGACCCGCAGGCCCUGGAGCAGGCGGGCGCGCCCCGGGCCAGGUGCCUGGUGUACUUGGGACCUAGCGAGCGACCCGCGGGUCCGAGUGAUGGCCCGGCGGACGCCUCCGCGCCCUCGUACUCGCCGCUGGAUUAUGGGACCACGAGCCGGGCUGGGGUGCAGGCGGAUGCUGAGGCGCUGCUCACCUGCUACGGAGUGGGUGAGGAGGCCACCACAGCAGUUGCAGUGGCGGAGGCCAGUGCGGAUACCUGCAGCACCAGCGGCGCAUGGGACGUCGGCAGUGGUGCAACGUCACCGUCGCCAUCGUCGUCGACACCACCAGCGCCGGCGGGUGGUGGUGGUGGCGCUGGCGGUUCCUCCACCACUCGUAGCGGCGAGGAUUGGGAUGCCAGCGGCGCAUUCGGGGUUCGCGGACACAGCGUCGUGGAGCUGUCCUUCACGUCCUCGGUUCGAUUCCUGCAACCCGGGUUGCUGCUGCAGGGCAACAGCGUGUGGGACGCCUCCUGCAGCAUCGGCGGCUCCGCUGCCCUGCCCCGCCGCAGCUGGCGGCAGCGGCGGGAGGCCGACCAGGCCGCGGACCAGCAAGGGCUGGUGCAGUGGCAGACCAACAUCUACUACGGAGCGGGCAGGGUGCUGGUGCCGGCGCUGAUCGACACGUUCACCAUGCAGGCGUUUGCUAAGCGGAACCUGCUGCUAGACCUGAUGGCCGAUCUGUGCGGAGAGAACGGCCGCCGCGGCGGCACCCCCCUGCGCCUGCGCCCCGUGCCGCGCCACCUGGCGGGUCGACCCUACCGCGAGCUGUUCGAGGAGCUGGUUUCGGAGGGCUGCGUGCCGCUGGGUCUGUACCGCAGCAAGCCGGAGAACCCCGCGUGGCGGCUGCACUUUGUGUCCACCAACCCCGCGUGGGAGGACGUGGUGUCCCACGAUGACAAGGUGUUUGUGCUGCGACCGGCAGAGUAGAGGAGCAAGGGGGAAGGGAAGAGGAGGAGGAAAGGGUGAAGAAGGGGUGCUUCGUUCGUGGGCUUGAUCUCGUGCGUGUGCGUAACCUAGCAGGGAGGGGUGCGCUGUGAGGGGCAUGUCGUAGGUAGGUUGUAUGGUGUUAUGCCAGGCGAGCGUAUUACAAGAUAUCUGAUCGGGUGGUUGAAGAUCGGGACGAAAUGGGUCGAUUGGCCAAUUUUCUUUGGUGCUACAAUUUCGCGCUUACACACAGCGCUACACGGCGUGCUUGCUCUUGUUUCCGCUCAACUACACAGCGCUACAUGGCGUGUGUCUUAACUGUGUUUUUGUGACCCUCGGGACGCGUGCAGUGCGUGCACAGCAUAUGCAGUUUUGCCUCCUGACAUCUCUUGACGUUAAUGAACGAAACCGUGAUACGGGUGCGUGCUGGAGGUCUAUGGGGUCCAGGUCUCUGACACCGCUUGCUUUUCAUUACUGGUAUACCGGAUGCUCGUGCAGGUGGAUCCUGUCCUGGUUGUGUCCUUGGGGGUUGGGGCCCGUAGCCGCCCUUGAGGUUUGCGCAUGGCUCCGGCAUGAUAAGAGGCUGCGUCUCUUUAAGAGUCGUACUCGGCAGUUGAUCCCAUCUUACUUGGGUAUGACGUUGAAAGUCGUGAGCCCUGAGGCUUGGCUUUGCGUGAGUAGCUGCGAGCAAGAACCGCAACUGGUCCAUGCUUUUCCGUAUCUGUAAGCCCUCAUACCUCUAAAA